CCGGGCAUACUGGCAGAAGAUGGCGGUGCGGAAGAAGGACGGCGGCCCGAAUGUGAAAUUUUACGAGUCCUCCGACACUAUUUCUCAGUUCGACAAUGUGCGGCUGUGGCUGGGAAAGAACUACAAGAAGUACAUCCAAGCAGAACCUCCAACCAACAAGUCGUUGUCCAGCCUGGUGGUGCAGUUGCUGCAGUUCCAAGAGGAGGUGUUCGGGAAGCAUGUCAGCAAUGCGCCUCUCACUAAAUUGCCUAUGAAAUGCUUUUUGGACUUCAAGGUUGGAGGGGCUUUGUGCCACAUCCUCGCUGCUGCCUAUAAAUUCAAGAGUGACCAGGGAUGGCGCAGGUUUGAUUUCCAGAAUCCUUCUCGAAUGGACCGGAAUGUAGAAAUGUUCAUGAACAUUGAAAAGUCUCUUGUACAAAAUAAUUGCUUAUCAAGACCAAACAUAUACCUGCAUCCAGAAAUCGACACAAAACUCCAGAGCAAGCUGAAAGACAUAGUGAAGCGACAUCAGGGUACAUUGACAGAAGAUAAAAGCCAUGCCUCCCACGUGGUUGUUCCAGUUCCUAGCAACUUGGAAGAAGAGGAGUGGGUGCGACCUAUAAUGAAGAGAGACAAGCAGGUUCUCCUCCACUGGGGUUAUUAUCCAGACAGUUAUGACACAUGGAUUCCUGCCAGUGAGGUUGAAGCUGCUGUGGAAGAUGCUCCCACGCCUGAGAAACCACGCAAGGUUCAUGCCAAGUGGAUUUUGGAUACUGACUCAUUUAAUGAGUGGAUGAAUGAGGAAGACUAUGAGGUGAAUGAUGAGAGAAGCCCACUAGCUCGCCGUAAAAAAAUUUCUGCAAAGACCUUGACUGAUGAGGUAAGCAGUCCUGACUCAGACCGCCGGGACAAGAAAGGACCCAAUUACAAGAAGAGAAAACGUUCGCCCUCUCCUCCCCCAAGUGUGGAGGCAAAAAAGAAGAACAUCAAAAAAGGACCUUCUACUCCAUAUACCAAAUCUAAGAGAGGUCAUAGAGAAGAGGAGCAAGAAGAUUUGACCAAGGACAUGGAUGAGCCUUCUCCCGUGCCUAAUGUAGAAGAAGUUACACUUCCGAAAACAGUCAACACCAAGAAAGAUUCUGAGUCUGCACCGGUGAAAGGAGGGACGGUGACAGAUUUAGAUGAACAGGAGGAUGAGAGUAUGGAGGCUGUGACCAAGGAGGAGGAUGACAAUUCCUCAGGGAACAAAAGUGAACAAAUUAAGACAUCGGACCUUCACGAGGACAACGUGACAGAACAAACUCAUCAUAUUAUCAUCCCCAGCUAUGCUGCUUGGUUUGAUUAUAAUAGUGUACAUGCUAUCGAGCGGCGGGCCCUUCCAGAAUUUUUCAACGGCAAGAACAAAUCAAAAACACCAGAGAUUUACCUGGCAUAUCGAAACUUCAUGAUUGAUACUUACCGCCUGAACCCCCAGGAAUACCUCACCUCCACGGCCUGUCGUCGCAACUUGGCAGGAGAUGUCUGUGCAAUCAUGAGGGUUCACGCCUUCCUAGAACAGUGGGGUCUCAUUAACUACCAAGUGGAUGCAGAGUCCCGUCCGACUCCUAUGGGGCCACCACCUACAUCACAUUUCCAUGUCUUAGCUGAUACCCCUUCAGGACUGGUUCCUUUGCAGCCCAAAACACCACAGACCUCCGCAUCUCAACAAAUGCUGAAUUUCCCUGAUAAGGGUAAAGAGAAGCCAGGCGAUUUACAAAAUUUUGGCUUGCGGACAGAUAUGUACAGCAAGAAGAACACGACAUCCAAAAGUAAAGCUGCAGCAAGUGCCACCCGGGAAUGGACGGAGCAGGAGACGCUACUGCUGCUUGAGGCACUGGAAAUGUACAAGGAUGACUGGAACAAGGUGUCUGAACACGUGGGAAGCCGCACUCAGGACGAGUGCAUCUUGCAUUUCCUGCGGCUGCCAAUUGAGGAUCCCUAUCUUGAGGACUCUGAGGCCUCAUUGGGACCUUUGGCUUAUCAGCCCAUACCCUUCAGCCAAUCAGGAAAUCCCGUGAUGAGCACGGUAGCUUUCCUCGCAUCGGUGGUGGAUCCCAGAGUGGCAUCUGCAGCAGCUAAAUCUGCGCUGGAGGAAUUUUCCAAGAUGAAGGAAGAAGUUCCCACAGCAUUGGUGGAAGCUCAUGUGCGGAAAGUGGAAGAUGCAGCGAAAAUGACUGGGAAAGCAGAUCCCAACUUUGGGCUGGAGAGCAGCGGCAUUGCAGGAACCGCAUGCGAAGAAAAUGAGAGGAUAGAGGAAAGCAGCACAGAAGAGCCCCCUUCAGAAGUACAGAGCACGGAAGAGAAGAAAGAGCCUAAGGACUCACCCAGUGAACCCAUCCCUGAAGAAGAGACAAAGGAGCGAACAAGUGAAGUAGUAAAGAAGGAAGACGAGAAAAGCAAAGAAGCCGAUACAGACAAAGAGUCAGAGAAAAGCGAUGUUGAUAUGGCUGAUGGAGAGAAGGAACAAGAUAUUAAAGAAGGAUCUGAGGAGACUGAUAAGGAGGAAGGCGAUGGAAAGAACAAGGUGGAGAGAGAUAUUGGAGAAGGCAAUCUUUCUACGGCUGCUGCCGCUGCUCUGGCAGCUGCUGCUGUAAAGGCUAAACACCUGGCUGCUGUGGAGGAGCGUAAGAUAAAGUCACUUGUAGCUCUUCUGGUGGAAACACAGAUGAAGAAGCUUGAAAUCAAACUGAGGCAUUUUGAGGAGCUGGAGACCAUCAUGGACAGAGAGAGGGAAGCACUGGAGUACCAGCGACAGCAGCUGCUGGCAGACAGACAGAACUUCCACAUGGAGCAGAUGAAGUAUGCCGAGCUUAGAGCCCGUCAGCAACACUUCCAGCACAUUCAAAAUCAACACCAGCAGCAGCACCAGCCCCCUCCCGGGGGUCAGCCUGUACCACCCUCUGCCCAUUCCAUCUCUGUGCCACAGCCAUCGCUUACGCCAGCUUCUGUAAAUGCUGCCAGCAGUGCAGAGGGUCUAGGUCAACCCGCGGCACCGUCAGGGCAGCCACCAGUAGCCACUCAACAGCCGGGAGCGCUGCAGCCCAGCCCCGCGCAUGGUUCAGGUGCAUAUGCAGGACAACCGCCUCCUAACCCAUUGAUCCCAUCAGCAGUACCGGUUCCCGCCCAGCCACCGGUGCCUGGUAAUCAGCACCCCAGCAUGCCUCAGCCAGUUCCGUUUAAUUUGGGGGGUGACUUAGCAGAGUCCACUCAUCAAAACCCGCCAACUAACCCAUACACCACUCAGCAACCCAUGCAUGGCACCUUUCCCCCUGCAGCAUGUCGGGUGAGCGGGGCACCUCCACCCUCACAUAACCCCGCCAUUACCGUAUCCUCAGCACCACCUAACUUGCCGUCCACCCUGAGUUCAGCUGCCUCUCACAGCCCCGCCAUCGUAGCCGCAGUGCAGGGAGGGGCGUCCAUCACCACCAGUCCUGCGCCAGAUCCUGGGACACCAUUGCCAUCAGAACCUGUUGGAAACACAGUAACCCCUGGCCAACCAUAAACAUGGAAUGUUUCUAAUUGGGGCGGCUGCAGUAAACAAAAAAGUGGAUACAUUUCACUGAAGUCCCGUUGGCCAUUUCUAUCUGGCCAAACCUGUUUUCUAUCCCCAACAUUAUCCACAAGCCGAAUAUACUUGUAUACAUACAGUACUACCGGGGGGGAGUCAAGCUCCCCAGAAGUCACAAACACCCUUCAUUUUAUAAAUGUAUUCAGACCUACACCAUAAAGUUUUUUCAUUCAGGUGUGAAAUGAGAAGGGAAGCUUUGCUGAAGCGCUCCAGCGAUGUCACAGAAGAAGAACUCCGGACCGUGUGUAUCCGCAGUAACUCAAGUGUGGGGCUAGCAGGUUAUUGGUGGCGAUCUAUGGACUUGUAUCAAGUGACUGUGGUUUGGUUUGACUUUCCCAGCUAUCUGCUGAUGAGAAGACACACAAACCGCACAACAGCAUUCUGGUGUCCCUCCUGCCCUGCAGUUUAUUGGCCCCAGAGCCCGUGACAACUGAAAUCUGUAUGUUUUGUUAAGAUUUCUGCUUGGUGUUAAAGCAUUUUAACAGUACAUCUGUCAGAUUUACAACAAAUUCCAACAACCUCUAAGUUCACAGUCGACAAAACAACACAAUUGGUAUUUAAAAUGUUGGUGUGUUGUGCACUCUAUCAAAGAUGAUUCAGAAUUGUUAUUUCUAGGUGCUUUUUAACGUCCAUUGCCAUUUGGGUUUUUGGAACUACUUUCACCUCCCGAACCGUGCGCACACCAGCAGGUCCCUUGUAUUAUAACUGUGGGCUGUGCAUGUCCCUGUGGUUACUUGAUAGCGGGUGAGAAUGAGUGCACAGGAGGUAUUCAGCCUCUGCAGGAGAUCAACCGGGGGAUCUUAGUCUCACUCUAUAGUAUGCUAUUUGACCCAGUAGUAUGUUUUUUUUGCUUUUAUCUAUAUAACAUUUUUUAAAAUCAUUGUAUUUUAAAUAUUUUAAGGUGAGAAUGGGAGAUUGGAUGUUGAGAGUGCACUUUAUAGAAAGGAGGCUGGGUAAAAUUCUUCAAUGCAGGUUCUCUUAAAGGGGGAGUAUACUUUAUUAUAAAAAGAUAUAUAAAUAUGUGUAUAUAAAACGUUUUGCAAGGUUCUUUCUUCUAGAAAACAAAACGAUUAUAGUUAGGCUUUGCCUAUCAAUUCGAAACAACUCAUUCUAGAAAUAAUGGGGCACUGAUAACCUCUGUAUGCGUGCCGGUGGUGCUGUAAGCUACUGCUGAGGCUGAUUCAAUAAGGAAUCUCCAAACAAUACUUUAUCCUCUUGUUUUGUCUAUCGGGAAGAUCAUUACAAAAUGUAUUUCUUUGAGAAGAACAUCCCCAGACUAUAGCUGGGGGAGAAGUUUAGGAGUGUAUCUCUUUGGCUAUGUCUAUAAGGGGAUUAUUUCUGCAUAUAGAGGUCAACCUCCUUGGGACUACCACCUGGCUAUGCUGACUCCUGUCUGCCUGUUUAUGUUACUUGUACCUUAUCCUGUGUCUGUGCAUCUUACAUUUCCCCAAACAUUGGGGUAUUAAAAACUUUAAAUUUAACAUCUUU